AUGCCGCGAUACAGCGUGAGCUGCACGGUUCACGAGGCGUUGCUGCCUCAGCAACCGGGAGGCACGCCUGUGGAUCCGCUGGUGGUCAUGCGCUGCUUCGGGUCGGAGCGCGUGACGACAGUGAAGAGCGGCAAGACGACCGUGGCGUGCUGGGAUGAGAGCUUCAACUGGUCCAACUUCGAGCUAUCGCAAUCGGCGUGGAACGUGGGAGUGUUGGAGUUCGAGCUGCAGGCUGCCAACGCCUUCUGGCGCAACUCCACUUUGGGCAUGGGCGCCCUUCAGCUGCGCCUGGUCUGCGCUACCAGGGACGGCUCCUACGUGGGCCAGCUGCCGCUGACUGCCCCUAACUCCGUCCGCGUGAUCGGUAAGCUGUCGGUAACUGUCAACGUCUGCGACUCGCUGCGCAUCGGCGGGAUCGCGGCGCCAGUUCCGUUGCAGACAGCCGCCGAGGAGCCGAGCACGAACGAUCGUCCGUCGCUGCACGUGCCGCCGCUGCUGAGCCCCGCGGUGUACCGGAGCGCCAUAUUGGAUAUGGCCCAUGAGGAGUACAACUACUACCACCUGUACAUCAACGUGUACACUUUGGAACACGUCGAGGUCGGCGUGUUCGCGGGCAGCCCCUCCGUCACUGUGGAGUACGGCGGCUGCCGUCUGCAAUCGACCAAGCCGAUUCGGUCGCGCUGCGAGGGUUCCAGUUCUGGCGGCGUCGGCGUCGGCGUCGGCGUCGGCGUCGCUGGCAUCUUAUCGGGGUUCUUCUCCGCCUCCGGGGACAGCGGGCUGCGCGACCGCUCAAACUUCGCUUUCAACCAGUGUUUCCUGGUGCCGAUACGCACCGCCGUCGGCAAGUCCAUUCUGGAGGACAACAUCGUGGUGCGGGUGUGGAUGGGCAUGGAGAUCAACGCCAGCAUCACGGCCGCAGACCGGCCUCCGCUGGCGCCCAAGCUGCUGGCGGAGGGCGUGUUCUCGCUGGCGAAGCUACGGUCGCGCCGGCAGCGCCCGCGGUGGUUCAACUUCUACGCCGGGGCGGCUGGCGCCAAGCGCCGCGAAGAGCUGCGGAAGGCCCAUGUGGGCAAAAGCGCCAGGAACGACGCAGCUGGAGAUCCCGCUUUCGGCAACAAGGGAAGCGGCGCUGGUGGCGAGGUCCACCGCAGCGCCGGCAGCAUCGGCAGUGCCAGCACGUGCGACUCGCUUGCGGAUGGCGCGCCCGGCGGCAGCGACAUCGCGUUCGGCGAGCUCGAAGACCACUACAUCGGCAGGAUGCUGAUGAGCGCCAGCGUCAAGCGGCUUGCGAAGCCCAGCGACGUGCUCGUUGCGCACGUGCAGGCCUGCCACCCGUUGGAGUCGCCCGUGGUCAACCCCACGAGGCUGUUCGGGGACGCCUACUGCAUCGAGUCGCGCUGCACCUUCGGGUUCGAAGGCGACUUCGAAAUCAUGCUUGAGAUCUCGUGCGGGCCCUACGAGACGAGCUCCGAGUGGCUGCCCGCGCAGCGUCGGUUGGGCGGCGGCGGCACCUACGCCGACGAGCUGGGCAUAUUCGGGAUCAAAUCCGCCGCGGACGACGGCCUCAGGCGGCGUGUCUCGCGGAGUGGCUGGCGGGUCACGCUGAACUCCAUGAACGGGCGUCUGGCCCCUAUCGACCUUUUGGUGUCGCACACUGCGGAGGAGCAGUGGGUGGUCUUCGUGCGCAUUAACGCGCGGGGCACGGUCGCCGGGCGCACCCAGCACCGCGUGAUCGGCUGCGCCAGUUUCCCGUUCGACCAGAUCCCGGAGCACUCCUCCAAGCUGCAGGCGAUGCCGCUGUGGAUCCCGCUUUGCUGCCCGGGGUCGACGUCGACGAUUCCGUCCGCAGACCCCUCGGCGGGCUUCACCGACCCCACCGGCAUUGUCGAUGCCGUUUCUUCUCUCAAUGCGGAGCAUAUCAUAGACAAGGCUGUUGCCUUAGACCCCACCGGGCUGAUCGGCGUGGCUGCGAACGAGGUUCUGGGUCGUCAGGGAACACUAGCAGGGACGGAUCUGGGGGCAGCGGCCGCUGCUCGGGGCGGCGGAGCGCCACCCUCCGGCAACAGCCGCCACGUGGAUAUAUUAAACAGCUUCGAUUCCGAAAUCGAAGGUCGAAAUGCCCCUAGAAAGGGCGCACCAUCGCACAACAACGCCAUGGAACAGUGGAUCGCUUCCAGGCGGCCAUCGCAAGACAAGAACCGCUCAACGUCUGAAGCUGGCCCUGCCAAGCAGAAAAUGCGACCGGAUGAGAGAAAUCAAGCGCUGAAGACAGCGCCAGCGGGCUCAAGAAGAACGGGUGCGUCGCGGCCGACAUCGACGAGCGUCCAGCCGGGCGCUGCGGAGCCCACCGAUGACGCCAACGGGCCAACGCGCGGUGACAUGUGCGACCCGGGCGCAACCGUCAACGUGCUCAUGACGCUACAUAAGCACUCCUUCUACACAAGCAUGUCCCGCAGCGUCGGGGUUGGCAACGACAUCCGCACUUCGUCCCGUCCGCGCAUGGUGUCGAUGCUGCGUCAGGACUACGAGCUCCGCUGCUACGUCUACUGCGCGCAGCUGAGCACGGCGCCGCACUCGGGCGUCGCGGUGAUGGUGUCGUGUGACUGCGGCUCCGUGGUUACCCGGGUGCAGCGCAACUUCACGCGCUUCCCCGUGUUUUCCGAGUGCUGCGUCAUCCCGGUGGCUGCGCCGACGCUGACCUCGAGCCGGAUGGUGCCGCCGCCGCCUGUCACAGUGUCUCUGAUGUUCUUCGACAGUCGUCGGAAGUUGCUACGCGUGGAGUCCGCGAUUACCGUCUACAACCGCUUGGUCAGGUCGGCUUCCGGCCACGCGCAAGCGCGGGACAGCGCGACCCCGACGUGGCUGCACCUGUCCGGCGGAAGCAGGGUUGCGGUGUUCACCGAGCUGGUUGCGAGCGAGGAUGCCCCCAAGGUGCCCAAGCGCCCGAUGGCCCACCUAACAACCCGGUGCACGGUCGCCCUGGGCCUCAUGGGGCUGCGUCAGCUGAUGGUUGGCGCCAUGCACCCGCUGGACGGGCUGCUGCUGCGGCUGAGCUCGCAGUCGUACGGCGUCAACGUGGAGUGCGAGCAAGUAUUCGAGCGGCAGUGCCCUCUGGGCCAAUCUAAAUGGGAGCGUGGCGGCCGGCUGAACGUGGACCUGUUCACGGUCCUGGAGGGAUCCUUCCACAUCCCCAUCGACCAGUUUUUCGACCCUCACGUCGAGUUCUACUGCUACGCGAUGUACGGGGGCGCGGUUGGCCGGCUGAUUGGCUACCACAGCUUCCGGUGCCACGCACCCUCGGGUGGGGCGGCAGCCGACGUGGACCUGCCCAUGGCGCUGGAUAUGCGUUGCGCCCUGGUGCCGCGCCGCAUGACCAGGCUGUUGGACGACCUCGCGCUGCGGUCCUCGCAUGACGUGCUGACGCUGCAGGACAGCUGCCCUCAGGACGGCGCCACGCGGCCUCUGGACGGGGUGCCGCCCGUGAUCUGCGAUUUCGAGUCUUCGCGCGCCUAUGCUCGUCUCCUGCGAUCGAUGACGUUCGAACGCGUGGGAAUGCAGGUGCCGCCCCGAUUCGUCGUGGCGUGCGACGGCAAGGAGGCGGAAGCCGGCGCCACCUCGACGUCGGUUGGCGGCGCCGCCGAGUACCUCGACGCGGUGCUCCGCGACAUCCCGUUCACCGUGAAAUCCAUCCACCCGGUGCCUCCAGUCGGCGCUCGCGUCAUCGACGGGAAGGCCGCGCACCAGGACUGCAUGGAUAACGUCACCAUGAAGUACUUCCUCACGGUGCGGCAUGCCGGGGAGGAGCAGGUGCAGCGGUCGUACCCGGAGGCGCUCUCGGGUGUCGCCACCAGCGCCUCCAAGAUGCUGCGCGUCUUCCGCGGCGGGCUGCGCAACUCGUUGCACAAGCUGCGGUUCUGCGUCGUGGCCGCCAUCAACACCGUGCCCGACUGCGACGCGCUGGGGUCGCUCUCCCUGCUGGUCGAGAUCGGGAAGUCCGAGUCCCGCGAGCCUCUGUCGUGCGAUCGCAGCGCCAUCUCGAAGGAGGUGCACCGCACGUGGGAGCAGGAAAUCUUUUUGCCGGAGGACAGCGUGAUCCGCCUGCGCGUGGUCAACUCGUUCGAGCGCCUCGACAGCAGCCUGGAGGACGAGCUGAUCGCCUCGGCGCAGAUCGACCUGGAGAACCGGUGGUACAGCAAGGCGUGGCAGCGCAUGCUGCGCAACGACUUGGUCCCCGUGGAGCGCGUGCUGCUGCGUGACCGCAACAACAACGUGCACGGCUCCCUGGACGUCAUCGUGCAGCUGGGUCCCAUCGAGCUGUUCUCCACUCUGCGGCCGCUCUCGUUCGCCAAGAGCUCGCCUUCGGUGGCCGAGCUGCGCGUGGUGGUGUGGUCGACCUCCGGCGUGCGGCUGGCGGCGACGCCUGAGGACGCUCGCAAGAAGGACCAGCUGGACCUCUACGUGGUGUCCACGCUGGACUGCCAGGGCUACCGCGGCGAGUGCGCGCUGGAGCAGCGCACCGACAUCCACUACAACUGCGACUCCGGCUCCAGCCAAUUCAACUGGCGGCUGGUGUACCCGCAGAUCCACUCGCCGGUGGGGGCGUGCCAGCUGCAGCUGGCGGUGUUCGACUUCUGGAAGGUGGGUCCGCCGACGUUCGUGGGAGAGGCGACCUUGGAGCUGCGUCGUUACGUGGAGAUCGUGUCGGCGACGUCAACUCGCGUGGAGCUGUCCGGGAACCUGCCGCUGGUGCACUCCUCGAGUUCGCGCCCCGUCGGCACCGUCAAGGUGACCGUUCAGGUGAUGACCCAGGCCGAGGCGUCAUGCAGCCCGGUGGGGCUUGGUCGAGGCCAGCCGAACUGCAAGCCCUUCCUCCCGACCCCGCGCGAGGGCCGGCAGUGGAACGACUGGUUCGCCCACACGUCGCUCGGGUUCGACUUCGGCGUGCUGUCGCUAUACGUUAACGCGGCUAUAUGCGUGUUGCUAGCGGUGUGGCUGUUCAUCAUCGGCUUCGUCUACCCCGCGCUCCUCAUGUAG